AUGCAAUCUGUUGGUUGGCUUAUCUUUGUUCUCGCACUUUUGGUAUUAGUAGUGAAUGGCGAAAGUGUAAAGAGCAAUGUACUAUCAAUUUCGAGUGGAACUUCAUUUGGAGAAUGUAUUGGAUAUUGUCGUAAAUCGAUAACUGUGACAUCCACUCCACCUCAAGUAAGUAUUUCAAAAAAGGCAAACUUUAAUCAAGCGAGUUAUCCUCCAGUUUAUGCAACAGUUCCAUUAACUUCGAGUGAAUUGGUCAGCCUUGUCAAUCUCGUAAAUAUAGAAAUCUUUCAAUCAUUAGAUGACAGAAUUGGAUGUCCUGAUUGCGCAGAUGGUGGCGCAGAAUGGGUGCAAAUCAUCUGGGCAAAUGGAAGUAAACGUGUGACAUUCGAAAAUGGAAAAACAGUCAAAGGCAUCGAAAAACUCAUCGCAAAAUUACGUCAAAUGAGACAAGCUUAUUUAAGUGAAAUGUGA